GAGAACAAAUUUCUUUUGUUCGCUAAUAAACUUCGAAAUGGACCUUAAAGAUUCCUCAUCAAUAGACCCCUCGCCUGAUGGUGUUUUGGAGCCGCCGGCUUACGAAUCGGUGUGGAUUAAAACGGAGAUUUGCACAGGCGAUCGAGAGAAUGUUCAUCAAUUGAAUCAAACGAUUUCCAAUUCUGAUCAGAUAAGCAGCACAUACGAUUAUAAUCAUCAUGAAGACUUGUUUGAGGCAGUGGAAGAAACGCUGGAAACCCGUUUGAAACGGGAACCAAAGGAAGAGCAACUACAGGCAGCAGAUACAGAUCUGAACUACGAACAUAAUGUUCUCAGAACCAAUCUUUCCGAUGUCAACUGUAAGGAUCGAGACGGCAGGGACCGAACGGUGGGGAAGAAUAUCACGGAUCCUGACGACCCAACAUCAAUUUCUGAUCAAAACAAACCUUUGAUCACAAAUACCGCCAGAAGCCCUGCAAUGAAUCAAAUGGAUCCUUGUGGUGAAGAAAAUACAGGACACACUAUUAACCAACAUGUGUCCCUAGUUGACGAGCAGCUACUGCAGUGCCCAAAAGGUAAGGGUGGCCGAAAAAACACCAGUGAAAAACAAUUCAAGUGUAAAGUUUGCGACAGCGCGUUUCGUUCGGCAGUCAAACUGCAUAUCCAUACGAAAAUUAAUCACAAGGACAAAUACUAUCAAUAUCAGUGUCCUUUCUGUCCUGCCCGGUUUGCGACGGCAUUGCAGAAAAAGUUUCACAUCCACACGCAUACCGGCGAAAAGCCUUAUGUGUGUAAAGUUUGCAACAAAGCGUUCCACGCAGCUACUACUCUGACGCAGCACAAAAGAAUUCACAACGAGGACAAACAUCACCAGUGCCCUCACUGCCCGGCAAAGUUCCCACAACCAUCCCAACUAAAGAUUCACAUCCGCACGCACACAGGCGAGAGGCCUUUUGUGUGCAAAAUCUGUAACAAAGCAUUUCACGAUGACAACAUUCUGAGAUAUCAUUCCAAGACCCAUAACGUAGACGACGGGUUUCAGUGCCCUCGAUGUCCGGCUCAGUUUGCGCAGUCAACUCAGCUAAGGAUUCAUAUCCGCACGCACACGGGUGAAAAACCCUAUGUUUGCAACAUUUGCAACAAAGGGUUCACUUCAUCCACCUGCCAUCGAAAGCACAUAACAAUUCACAACACGGACCUACAUCUCCAAUGUAAUUACUGUCCGGCUCGGUUUGCGCAGCCUUCGCAAUUGAAGUUUCACAUCCACACGCACACGGGUGAAAAGCCAUACGUUUGCCAGUUUUGCAACAAAGCGUUCCAUUCGGCCACCAGUCUGACGAAGCAUAAAAAGAUACACAACAAGGAGCAGCAUCUUCGGUGCCCUCACUGCCCCUCCAGGUUCCCGGAAUCAUCCCAGUUAAAAAUUCACAUCCGAACCCACACCGGUGAGAAGCCGUUUAGGUGUGAGACUUGCCAAAAAUCGUUCGUUUCGUCAAACAGCUUGAAUAGGCACACAAAAACGCACAACAAGGACGAACAUCUUCAGUGCCCUCACUGCCCUUUCAUGUCCCCGCAUCCAUCCCAGUUAGAAGUGCACAUCCGCACACAUACCGGUGAAAAGCCAUAUGCCUGCGAAAUCUGCAACAAAGCAUUCCAUGCGGCAAACACUCUGAAGAAGCAUAAGAAGAUACACAACAAGGACCUACACCACCAGUGUCCCCACUGUCCCUCCACAUUCCCUCAUCCAUUUCAGUUAAAAAUUCACAUCCGAACUCAUACCGGCGAAAAGCCGUUUGCAUGUAAAGUCUGCAAUAAAGCGUUCAGUUCGCCAUGUCACUUGAGUAGGCAUGUUAAAAAUCACAACAAGGACAACUAG